AUUAAUUCACUAUGAUACUCCCAUGACUUUUAGAGUCAUUUCCAAUUCCUGAUCAAGCCUAGUCACCAGGUUUCAAGAUGCUACAUGUACAUAGCACCAAACUGGGCAGGCUGGGGUGCAGCCUCACCAGAGGGCUUCACCACAAGCCUGUGAUGGCCCUGAGGCGGGAGGACGUUAACGCCUGGGAGAGGAGGGCCCCUCUGGCUCCCCGGCACAUCAAAGGGAUCACCAACCUCGGAUACAAAGUCUUAAUACAGCCUUCCAAUCGCCGAGCCAUUCAUGAUAAGGAAUAUGUCAAAGCUGGUGGCAUUCUUCAGGAGGAUAUUUCUGAAGCUUGUCUUAUUUUGGGAGUUAAAAGACCACCAGAGGAUAAAUUAAUAUCCAAGAAGACUUAUGCAUUCUUCUCUCACACAAUAAAGGCCCAGGAGGCCAAUAUGGGUCUACUGGAUGAGAUUCUAAAACAGGAAAUCCGACUUAUUGAUUAUGAGAAAAUGGUGGAUCAUAGAGGAAUUCGGGUCGUGGCAUUUGGACAGUGGGCUGGUGUGGCAGGGAUGAUCAACAUUUUACAUGGAAUGGGUUUGAGGCUCCUUGCUUUGGGACAUCACACACCUUUUAUGCACAUUGGCAUGGCUCAUAACUAUAGGAACAGCAGCCAGGCUGUGCAAGCUGUCCGUGAUGCUGGCUAUGAAAUAUCUCUGGGUUUGAUGCCCAAGUCGAUAGGGCCCUUAACAUUUGUGUUCACAGGGACUGGUAAUGUAUCUAAGGGAGCCCAAGAAAUCUUCAAUGAACUACCCUGUGAAUAUGUGGAACCACAUGAAUUAAAAGAAGUUUCACAAACUGGAGACCUGAGGAAAGUGUAUGGAACAGUGUUAAGUCGCCAUCAUCACCUUGUCAGGAAAACAGAUGGUGCAUAUGAUCCUGUGGAAUAUGACAAAUAUCCUGAGCGCUACAUAAGUCGUUUUAAUACUGAAAUUGCACCCUACACAACUUGUCUUAUUAAUGGAAUCUACUGGGAACAAAACAGCCCUCGACUACUAACCCGCCAAGAUGUUCAGAGUCUCCUGGCUCCAGGCAAGUCCUCAGUUGUUGGUGUGGAAGGCUGCCCUGCAUUGCCACACAAACUUGUAGCAAUAUGUGACAUUUCAGCAGACACAGGAGGAUCUAUAGAGUUUAUGACCGAGUGUACGACAAUAGAGCAUCCUUUUUGCAUGUAUGAUGCAGACCAGCAUAUUAUUCAUGACAGUGUUGAAGGCUCUGGGAUUCUGAUGUGUUCCAUUGACAAUUUGCCGGCGCAGCUUCCAAUCGAAGCUACAGAAUACUUUGGCGACAUGCUUUAUCCUUAUGUUGAAGAAAUGAUAUUAUCAGAUGCAACACAACCCCUUGAAAGUCAGAAUUUUUCUCCUGUGGUACGAGAUGCAGUGAUUACAUCCAACGGUACAUUGCCUGAUAAGUAUAAAUAUAUCCAGAAACUCCGAGAGAGCAGGGAACGUGCUCAGUCACUUUCAAUGUCCACUAAGAAAAAAGUCUUAGUCCUUGGAACUGGUUAUGUGUCUGAGCCUGUAUUAGAAUACUUGUCAAGAGAUAGCAAUGUAGAACUAACAGUAGGCUCUGACCUAAAGAAUCAAAUUGAACAGUUAAGCAAGAAAUAUGAUAUUAAUCCUGUUAUCAUGGACAUUAGUAAACAAGAAGAGAAGUUGGGCCCCUUGGUGGCAAAGCAGGAUCUUGUCAUCAGCUUGUUGCCUUAUGUAUUGCAUCCUCUUGUGGCCAAAGCAUGUAUCAGAAGCAAAGUUAACAUGAUCACUGCAAGCUACAUCACACCAGCGCUAAAGGAAUUAGAAAAGAGUGUGGAAGAUGCUGGAAUCACAGUCAUUGGUGAAUUGGGAUUGGACCCUGGUCUUGAUCAUAUGUUGGCAAUGGACACAAUAGAUAAGGCCAAAGAAAUAGGAGCCACGAUUGAAUCUUAUAUUUCUUACUGUGGUGGGCUUCCAGCUCCUGAACAUUCAGACAAUCCUUUGAGGUACAAGUUUAGCUGGAGUCCAGUGGGAGUUUUGAUGAACAUAAUGCAGCCCGCCACCUACCUGCUGAAUGGAAAGGUUGUGAACGUUGCAGGGGGUGUCUCCUUCCUUGAUGCAGUCACCCCCAUGGACUAUUACCCUGGGUUGAAUUUGGAAGGCUAUCCUAACAGAGACAGUACAAAAUAUGCUGAGAUUUAUGGCAUUUCAUCUGCUCACACUUUGUUGCGGGGGACACUAAGAUAUAAGGGAUAUGCCAAAGCUUUGAAUGGAUUUGUGAAAUUGGGUCUUAUAAACAGAGAUGCAUUUCCUGCCCUUCGACGUGAGGCCAAGCCUCUCACCUGGAGAGAGCUUCUUUGUGAUCUAGUUGGGAUUUCACCUUCCUCCAAGCAUGGUGUGCUUAAAGAAGCUGUCUCCAAGAAACUAGGAGGAGACAGUACCCAGCUGGAGGCUGUUGAACGGUUGGGCUUACUUGGAGAUGAACAAGUCCCUCAGGCAGAGUCUGUUGUGGAUGCACUUUCCAAGCAUUUGGCUGUGAAACUUUCCUAUGGUCCUGGAGAGAAAGAUAUGAUUGUGAUGAGAGACAGCUUUGGGAUCAGACAUCCUUCUGGACAUUUAGAAAAUAAAAUUAUUGAUCUUGUGGUGUAUGGAGAUGUCAAUGGCUUUUCAGCAAUGGCUAAAACUGUGGGGUUACCCACUGCUAUGGCUGCCAAAAUGUUGCUUGAUGGUGAAAUUCAUGCUAAAGGCCUGAUGGGACCCUUUUCAAAGGAGAUCUAUGGACCAAUAUUGGAGCGAAUUAAAGCGGAAGGCAUUAUCUAUACAACACAGAGCACAAUCAAACCUUGACUGAGAAUUACUUUAUUUUGAUCUUCCCAUGCAAUACAGCUCUGAACAUGUGUGCAACAAACAUGUUUGCUACAGUGCUAUUUUAAAAUAUAAAACAUAUAUUUUGAUUAAGUCACUACAAUGGUGUUUUUGAAAUAUGAAUCUCUAUUUUCAUACACAAAUAUUUGGAACAGGAUAUGCCAGUGAUUUCCAGAGAAAUUUAAUAAUUCUAUUAUGUAUUUUUUCACAUGUAUAAAAGUGAUAAUGAUUUUGCUAUUUGUUAAUUUAUUGUGCAACUGUUUUCCUAUGAGAAUAUAUUUUCCUAUACUCAGCAAAUGAAGUUUCAUCUUUUUAGAUAGAAAAUAUUUUCUCAACACCACAGAA